AUGACAGGGCACCGAGAGGCAGGCCUGGCAUCCACAAAGGGCCAGUCAGAUCAGGAUGACAGGACUGCAAGUCAGAAGUCAGAAGACCUGGACUGGAGAUCCAGUUACAUGGCCAGUGAGCCUCUGGCCUUGGACACACCCUUCACCUCUCUAGACCUGGGCACGGCCAUGCACACCCACCCCCCAGAAGUUUUACAGUUACGACUCCAACAGAGAAGGACCCAAGAACAGCUGGCUAACCAAGGCAUCGUACCACCCCUGAAAAGCCCACCUGAAUUCCAUGAACAAAGAAAGCAUUUGGAUAGUGACAAGGCUGAAGACACCCUGAAGCGCAAGGCAAGAAGCAGGUCUGACCGUGCGGCCGUGGUGAAAAUGCACAUACUCCAAGCCUCCACUGCAGAGAGAUCAGUUCCGACUGCCCAGAUGAAGCUGAAAAGAGCCCGUCUCGCAGAUGACCUCAACGAAAAGAUUGCUCUCCGGCCGGGGCCGCUGGAGCUGGUGGAGAAGAACAUACUCCCUGUGGACUCCGCUGUGAAAGAGGCCAUUAAAGGGAACCAGGUGACUUUCUCCAAGUCGGCCGAUGCAUUUGCCUUUGAGGAGGACAGCAGCAGCGAUGGGCUUUCUCCGGAUCAGACUCGAGGGGAAGACCUCCAGGGCUCAGCAGGAUCCCCCCCAGACACAAAAGCUACGGAGACCCCUGUGGCAGGUCCUCGUGGGACAGUCCAGGAUCCAGAAAAUGAGAGGAGUGACUCAGCCCCACAACCCGGCAACCAGCCAGACCCGGGCAAGCAGGGGCUUGGCUCCCUGGGCAACCCCAUCCCUGUGCACACAGCCGUAAAGUCCAAGUCCUUGGGUGACAGCAAGAACCGCCACAAAAAGCCCAAGGACCCCAAGCCGAAGGUGAAGAAGCUCAAAUACCACCAGUACAUCCCCCCGGACCAGAAGGCCGAGAAGUCCCCUCCGCCCAUGGACUCCGCCUACGCCCGGCUGCUCCAGCAGCAGCAGCUCUUUCUGCAGCUGCAGAUCCUCAGCCAGCAGCAGCAGCACCGCUUCAGCUACCCCGGGCUGCGCGCAGCUCCACUCAAGGAACCAAAUGAGCAGAUGGCCAGAAAUCCAAACGCUGCUUCAGCACCGUUGAGCAGUACCCCUCUGUCUCCUGCCAAAAACAGCUUUUCUGGACAAACUGGUGUCUCUUCUCUCAAGCCAGGCCCACUCCCAUCCAACCUAGAUGAUCUGAAGGUCUCUGAGUUAAGACAACAGCUUCGAAUACGAGGUUUGCCCGUGUCCGGUACCAAGACAGCCCUCAUGGACCGACUCCGGCCCUUCCAGGACUGCUCUGGGAACCCUGUGCCCAACUUCGGUGACAUCACGACGGUCACCUUUCCGGUGACGCCCAGCAACGCGCUGCCCAGUUACCAGUCCUCCCCCUCCACCGGCGCCCUGUCCAACGGCUUCUACCACUUCGGCAGCACUAGCUCCAGCCCCCCGAUCUCGCCCGCCUCGUCUGACCUGUCGGUGGCGGGGUCCCUGCCGGACACCUUCAACGACGCCUCCCCAUCCUUCGGCCUGCAUCCCUCCCCGGUCCCCGCGUGCGCCGAGGAAACCCUCAUGGGCAGUCUGAACGGCGGCUCCAUGCUUCCGGAGCUGGACGGGCUAGACUCGGAGAAGGACAAGAUGCUGGUGGAGAAGCAGAAGGUGAUCAACGAGCUCACCUGGAAGCUCCAGCAGGAACAGAGGCAGGUGGAGGAGCUGAGGCUGCAGCUGCAGAAGCACAAGAGGAGCGGCUGUCCCGACAAGAAGCCGCCGCCCUUCCCGGCCGCCCCCAUCAAGCAGGAGGACGCCGCGUCCAGCUGUCCGUUCUCCUCCCGGCAAACGGCCGUGAAAAGACAGAGCACCGGCUCGGAGGGCCCGCCGCCGCCGCCUCGCGAAGACGCUCCGCUCCUGCCCCUGGGGAGCACUCACUGUGCAGAGCCCGCGGGUCAGACCAACGUACUGUCUUCCACAUUCCUCAGCCCGCAGUGCUCACCGCAGCAUUCGCCCCUCGGCGCUGUGAAAAGCCCGCAGCACAUCAGUUUGCCCCCGUCGCCGAACAACCAUUACUUCCUUCCCCCGUCAGCAGGCGCCCAGGGAGAAGAACACAGGGUCUCCUCACCUGCCGGCGGCCAGGUGUGCACUGCGCAGAACUCAGGGGCACACGAGGGCCACCCUCCAAGCUUCUCUCCCCAGCCUCCCAGCCUGCACCCCCCUUUCUCUGGAGCCGCGGCAGACAGCAGUCAUGGUGCCGGGGGCAAACCUUCUCCCAAAAGCCCAGGUGUGCAGCAAAAGAUGGUGGGUCUGCACUCUUCUGAUAAGGCAGGGCCAAAGUUUCCAAUUCCGUCCCCAACGUUUUCCAAGUCCACUUCCACAGUUUCAGAAAUAACUCAGCCGCCAUCCUACGAAGAUGCAGUGAAGCAGCAAAUGACCCGGAGCCAGCAGAUGGAUGAACUCCUGGAUGUCCUCAUUGAAAGUGGAGAAAUGCCCGCUGACGCCAGAGAGGAACAUUCAUGUCUUCACAGAGUCCCAAAGAUCCCCGGGUCUUCUCGAAGCCCCACUAGUGCCCUCCCCAAGUCCUCGGCAGCCUUUGAACUGGCGUCCGCAGGAGGCCAGCUCUCCUUUGAUCACUUUGGUGCUGACAGCGACGAGCACCUGGAAGUCUUAUUAAAUUCCCAGAGCCCCUUGGGGAAGGUGAGCGACACCGCCCUUCUGAAAAUCGGGAGUGAGGAGCCCCCUUUCGACGGGAUGAUGGAUGGAUUCUCAGGGAAGGCUGCGGAAGACCUCUUCAAUGCACACGAGAUCCUGCCGGGCCCCCUGUCCCCCAUGCAGACUCAGUUUUCACCCUCCUCUGUGGACAGCAGUGGGCUGCCCUUAAGCUUCACAGAAUCUCCUUGGGAAAGCAUGGAGUGGCUGGACCUCACGCCGCCCAGCUCCACCCCAAGCUUCAGCUCCCUAUCUACCGGGGGCCCCAGCAUCUUCAACAUUGAUUUCCUGGAUGUCACGGAUCUCAAUCUGAAUUCCCCCAUGGACCUCCACUUACAGCAGUGGUAAACGCCUGAUGAAGUGCUAAGGAAGGCCAAGAGGAAUCCCAUUGGGGAAAGCACAUGACCACAAAUAUUUACAUUCUCCCAAGGAAGGAGGAGCUAGAAGAGGGGGAGAGGAAGAAGAGGGAGGAGGAAGAAGGGGAGGAGGAGCUGGAGAGAAUGAAAAACAAGCAUGGAGACUUCUGUGACGACCAGAAAGAACAAACAGAAGCCUUUUUUUAAAUAGAUGGAUAGUGUAAUAUUUGCCAACAUUCAGUGACCGUUAUUGAUUUCAGCAAUGCUUUCAAAAUUAUGUUUUUUCAGAUCAAGAAUGCAAAAAAAAUUUUCUUCCAAUGCCUUUCAAACACUAACCUUUUUUUCUAGCUUGUAUUUUUUUUUUCAGGCACUGUUGGGGCAUAAUGUCACUUUGUAAGCUUUUCUCAUGAAUUUGUUACUCUUACCGUGGAAAGAAGUUGUAAGCUCUCUGGGGAACACACAGAAGCCAGUCCUUCAAAGGUGAUGGAAGUCGUACCCCUGAAGGCUGCUUCUCCUGUCUCCGUCACCCGCCUUUCAAAAUAGAGGUCAGGCCCAGUGUCAGGUUCUUAAGGCAGAACAGAGGCACAGGACCAAUCCAUUCCCAGGGAAGUGAAGUGAACUCAGUAUCCCUUGGCCACAAAGCCACCCCCUACAGUGACCCCAACCCUAUACCCAGGACUCCAUGUGGUCACUGAAAACAACCGACCUACCUUUGGCCCAAAGAACCCCACCUGAAAUUUCCCUUUCUUAACCAGUGGCCGGAUCACUGUCACUGUCUCCGUGGUGAUGUGUGUGCUCGGUCGCUCGGUUAGCUGUGUCCGACUCUUUGCGACGCCCUGGGUUGUAGCCCGCCAGACUCCUCCGUCCGUGGGAUUUCCCAGGCAAGAAUACUGGAGUGGGUUGCCAUGUCCUCCUCCGUGGGAUCUUCCCCACCCAGGGAUCGAAUUCGGGUCUCCUGCAUUGGCAGGUGGAUUCUUUACCACUGAGCCACCUGGGAAUCCCCGCCAUGGUGUUGAGCACUGUGAAACAGGAGAGAACCCUAAAGCAAGAAGAGAGACAAAACCUCCUGCCAUUCUCCAGCACAACCUCCUUUAGUGUCAAAGACUAGAGAUGACCAUGUGAGCAAAUCAAAAGCAUCUCUCUGGUCUCAAGAAACUGUUAUCAGGAAUAAGGCAGACAGCACGAAAGAACAUCAUUUCAUGUAUGAUGGGAAUAAACACAGUGGGUUACUAUUCAUAUAACAGGGUGAUUAUUUAUGGAAGUUCGGCUUCUCUUUUUUAUUUUCUUAUUGGAAGGAGGGGUUCACCUCCAUUAUCUUUCUCCCACUUUAUACUUUUCUUUCAAAUUCUCCAUCCUUUCUCUCCCCUCUUUUGAAGAUCUCCCUUUCUCUGCCUCAACAUUGGGAGAAGAGGAUUUCGUCCAUUUACCAGCUGUCCUACUGCUAAUAAAACCAUACGUUAAAAAGCUGAAAGUCAAGGUUCUCCUGGGUAACUCAUUCUCCAUCUGCAUAAUAACUUGCUGUAAAAGGAAGUCAAAAGAAAGAAAUCGAAGGAAAGAAAUCAAUGAUUCCAUCCACAGUCAUGAAGCUCCCCCUACCCCCAUUGGGUUGGCAGUCACUGAUUUGGGUUGCCCUGGGGAAAACCGGAACUCGUUAUGUUGUAAAGGUAAAUACAAAGUAUAGUUCCAAGGAAAGAGUAUUUUAGAUCUGCGUUUCUGAAAGAAAACACAAUUGCAUGUCGAAAAGGAUGGAAGGAAAAAAAGAUGAUGGUCUCCUGUGCAUUCCUCACCACUUCCCCUGCUUUUGCUGGGAGUUGAAAACUUAAAUUGCAGGAUCGUCUCUAAGGCUCACUGUGGUUCUAAUGCACAGAUUCAUAGUGUUGCAUGCUGUAGAAGGUAGCUCUCGCUGUUUUUAUUUUUUAUUUAAAUCACUAAGGCACUGUUUUCUUCUUUUGUAAAAAAAAAAAAUUGUUCACUGUGCACUUAUGGAGAAAAUAACCAAACAUGUUGUGAUUUUAGAAGUUCUCUUUUUGAAAAAAAAAAAAAGAUUUAGAAGUCAUUCCAUUGUUAACCUGUUAACAUGUGUGAACACAGAGUGUUUUUGGUGAUUGCUACUCUGAAAGCUGCCGCAUCUUACUGGGGGGGUGGGGAGGGGAGGAGGGGAAUAUCUAUAUUAUAUAUGUAUAUAUAUAUAUAUAUACACACACACAUAUGCAUGUGUGUAUAGAUAUAUACAUGUGUAUAUGUAUGUGUGUCUAUAGGUAUGUGUGGAUAUGUAUAUCCAUAUAUACACAUCCAUAUGUACAUAUACAUACACAUGUGUGUAUGUGUGUGUAUCUUCAAGGCAGUGCAACGGAGUUCUAUACCAAAAGCCUUUAAGCCUCCAUCUGCUGUGAAGUGGUCUUGGCCUUUCUCACUGCGCGUUCCCGAUUCAUCACCCAACUGCAAGUUGCUUCUACGUAUGACUCAUGGCUCUAACCCAGUGACGCACAGCCAGCUGCUUACGAUGAACAAGCCCGUCUCGACAGUGACUGUGAUGUGAAGAGACAGGGAGCAUUCACCUUUGGUCACUGGAAAGGUACUGCCUCCUCUCACAGAGAGCAGCGGUGGAAGGCGACCGUCGUUUUACAUUCCUUCAUCGGCCUUGUGCUUUAAAAGAGCCACACGGUACAUUUUCCACUUUGCUUUGAUGUCUGUCAUCAAAACCAAAGAUCCUGAGGGGAAAAUUGCCAUCUCUUCUUUGAUGAUGAAGCUAUGGGGAAGGAAACCUUCCUGACACAUUCCUCACCUUUGUGUGUUCCUCAGACGUUGACAUUUUGGGGGGGGAUCUUGACAAAGCUCGCUGGUCAGUCCGCUUCUCAUGUGCCAAGUUGUGUGAAUUUUUUUAUCUUAUUUUUAUUCCCCUUCCUUUGGAAAACAACCUCACAGCAAUCUCUGAGA